AUGAGUCCUUUGUGGCUGGUCCUGUUUGUGCUCGCGCUCGCGCGCAGCGUGUGCUCUCUCUACUUCUACUUUGAGGCGGGGCAGAGCAAAUGCUUCUACGAACAGCUGCCGCUCGACACGAUCGUCGUGGCGCACUACUACACGGAAGAAUGGGACGACGUGCAGUCCCACUAUGAUAUACCCACCGACCUCGACAUUGGUGUUGUGGUGAAGCACAUCGAAUCGGAGCAUGUGCUGGUUUCUGCGCGUGGCAAGCCGGAAGGCAAGUUCGCCUUCACCUCCCACGAGGCCGGCAACCACGAGAUCUGCGUCCAGACCGAGUACCACGGCUCGCGCAUGAAGAACGGCAGCCUGCCCGAGGUGCGCAUGCACCUCGAGGUGGUGCUUGGCGACUCGCACCGGCCAAAUACCGAGGCGGACCGCGAGCACUCGAGCGACCUCUUGUCGCGCGCCCGUGGCCUGAAUGCCAAGAUGCGCGACCUGCGCAAGGAGCAGCAGUACCAGCGCGAGCGCGAGAUGAAGUUCCGCGACCUGAGCGAGGCCACCAACGCGCGCGCCUUUUGGUGCAUCCUCGUGCAGAUCUGUACGCUGAUCGCAGCGUGCAUCUGGCAGCUGAGCAACCUGCGGACGUUCUUUGAGGACAAAAAGCUGAGGUAG